AAUCUACAUCAGUUUGUAGCCACACACAAAACUAGCAAAAGCUUUGGCCUUUCAUAAUUUCUCCGGAGGAGACAGUCGCAAAUUUAUAAAAAACCGCAAAAUGAAUUUCAAUAAAUUAUUUGUUUUCGUUUCCUUAGUCUUGGCUGUUUGCAUUGGACAAAGUGAAGCUGGUUGGUUGAAAAAAAUCGGCAAGAAAAUUGAACGUGUUGGUCAACAUACCCGCGAUGCUACAAUUCAAACUAUUGGUGUGGCCCAGCAGGCAGCUAAUGUUGCCGCCACAUUAAAGGGUUAAUAUUCUCGAGUCUUAUUAUUACUAUUAAAUAAGUUAGCAUUAAACAUAUAACUAAGUUAUUCAUACCAAUAAAAAAAUGAAUAAAAAACUUCCUUUAGAAAUUUAGUACAAAAAA